AUGCCUUUGAUCCAGCGCCUUCUGCGUGACGUGCCCCAACUUCGCAUGAUCGCAACUAGUCGGGACUAUCCAGAGAUCAGGGAUCGUAUGGAAGAGAUGAGAGUGGUCUCAAUGCCUCUCGAGGCACAGGCAGUAGAUUCGGACAUUCGAAUUUACGUCCUUACACAACUUGCGGAAGAUCGAAUGCUGCGACGAUUAGACAAUUCGACCAAAAAGCUGAUCGAGGACACGAUCGUGAAGAAGGCCGAUGCAAUGCUCACAAAACAAAAAUUGAUUCGAGCAGCUUUGUUGGCCCUUCCUGACACCUUGGAUGAAAUGUACGUGCGGAUCCUCACCGCUAUUCUUGAACGAGACCGCUCGGAUGCGUUCGAUUUAUUGCAAUGGAUUUCCUACGCAAGACGUCCUCUCACUUUACUGGAGCUUUCAGAGACUACAAUGAUCCAUUGGUCUAUCGAAGCCGCUGGCGAAGGAGGUGUGGAUGCAACAGACCGAAACGAUACAUCCAACCCUCAAAAACAAGUACAUGCAUAUGAAGGCGCCACAGUGAGGCUUGCUCACUUUUCGGUCCAAGAGUUUCUGGAGUCAGCUCGGAUUCUCACAAGCAACGCCAAGCCUUUCCAUCUCGAUCGCGAUCAAGGGCACCAAGCCCUUACGCAUAGCUGCCUCUUGUACAUUCAAUACUACAUCGAUUCUCCUGAAAAGUGUGUAAACAGAUCUGAUCUAGAAGAAUUUCCCCUACUCGAAUAUACCUGCAGCAAUUGGUAUCACCAUGCCAACUCCCAAAAAACGGAAGAGGCCACUGCACGGAUCGUGUCUUUCCUUACGUCAGAGCAUAGUCGGCAUGUCUGGCUUUGUGUGCAUCAACCGGACAAUUUUAACAUCUUCAUACCGAAUUUCGCGGAGUCAGUGGGUUUUGGAUCCGCUCUGUACUACGCAAGUUACAUGGGCCUCGAGAGUGUGGUUCGUAAAUUACUUCAGACGGGCGCUGAUGUCACCGCCAGUCAGGGGGGCUCCCAUGACUUUCCACUGCAGGCGGCAGCGGCCGCAGGCCACCAGGGCACAGUGCAGAUACUGAUCGACAAUGGAGCAGACAUCAAUGCGCAAGAUUGCUUUUCCCGAAAUGCGCUGAUAGAUGCGGCGCGGAAUGGCCAUGCGGAGGUAGUAAGUUUGCUUCUGGGCCACAGGGCCGAC